CCGGGGCUUCACGUUCAACUCUUUUCUUCGGCUGUGGUCUGUUGCAUCUCGUUGAUUUUUAUUUAUUGACGCUUGUUGUCAGCUGUGCUGUCUAGGCGACUGGGUUUCUGUGGCCUGUUUCUCCGCUCCCACCGCUGUUCGUCUGUAAUCCAGAUUUUCGUCCCUCUUGCGAUACCCUCCAUAUCAACGCAGCGUUAAACCGAAGCAAUGGCGCCGACCAAGGGUUCUGCCAAAGGCAAGACCUCCGUCAAGGGUGAUGCGAAGAAGAGCAAUCCUCUCUCGUCCGGAUCCAAAGUGAACAAGAAGAAUUUCAAGCGCCCGCCUCCGAAGGAAGUCAAGUCGAAGGCGCGCACAGAGGCCAGCCAGUUGAAGAAGACCAAGAAGAGAGAAUACACUGAGGCGGAACUGGGUCUGCCCCAGCUAAACCAGAUCACCCCCGUCGGUGUGGUGAAGCCCAAGGGCAAGAAGAAGGGAAAGACUUUCGUGGACGAUGCGGAGGGAAUGAUGACCAUCCUCGCUAUGGUUAACGCGGAGAAGGAAGGACAAAUUGAAUCCAAGAUGAUGAAGGCUCGCCAGUUGGAGGAGAUCCGAGAGGCAAAGAGAAAGGAAGCCGAGGCUAGACAGGCGGAGAAGAAGUCUAAACUGGACGAGGUAAAACAGUCAAUCCGUCAAAAACGCAAGCACAAGGGCGACUCGAGCCAAACAAGCGAUGCCCCGUCCAAGGAGUCGUCCAAACCGAAGGGAAAGAAGAAAAGCGUUGCGUUUGCUUGAGAUUUUAUGUACAAAAGUAAUUCUGUCUAUACCGGGUCUAUGUAGUUAGAUGGGUCUCUGGCGUUUAUACUGGUCUAUGUCUUCGAAAACAAUGGCGUGCAUGACACUCAUGAUGAGCUUCUCUCCAGAUGAAGCGCCGGUCCUCUUAUCAGGAGGACAUCGGUAGUGC